AUGAGUCCUGAGCCGGCUGACCAACGACCUUCUACCACCCGUAUGCUGCUUGUGCCGGACCCACAGUCAGAGUCGCCACUCUUCAGGUGCCAUCUCUUCAUCGCUAGGCCCACCUUGCUGACGGGCCACCGAUGCAGAGUACCAUACUGGACUCACACUUGCUCCCCCACCAGAUCCCCUGGCUCUGCUGCUGCUGCUGCCUUGCCGAUAACCAGGAGUCCCUGGGACAAGCUUAACUUGAGUUGCAUUCACAAUGCUGCAGUUGGUGAGCUGAUGAGAGGAAUUCGAACCCAAGUGAAUGGACUAAUCAGUGGAUUGCCACCUCGUGAGAUAAGUGCCAUGUCUCUUGGCCUUGCGCACAGUCUCUCCCGUUACAAAUUGAAGUUCAGCCCUGACAAGGUGGAUACUAUGAUUGUACAAGCGAUUUCUCUGCUGGAUGAUUUGGAUAAGGAGCUGAACAAUUACAUCAUGCGCUGCAGAGAAUGGUAUGGCUGGCAUUUCCCAGAACUUGGAAAAACCGUUACUGAUAACUUGGCGUACUGCAAGUGUGUGCAGAAAUUAGGAGACAGAACGAACACUGCUACCACAGAUCUUUCAGACAUUUUGCCUGAGGAGGUAGAAAAUGCAGUGAAGGUUGCAGCUGAAAUAUCCAUGGGGACAGAAGUAUCUGAGGAGGACAUUGAGCACAUUAUACACCUUUGUGAUCAGGUAGUGCAGAUCUCUGAAUACCGCACCCAGCUCUAUGACUACCUGAAAAACCGAAUGAUGGCUAUUGCACCCAACUUGACUGUGAUGGUUGGAGAGUUGGUUGGAGCCAGACUGAUAGCACAUGCAGGUAAGACAUUUUGUGGUUGCUGGCUCACGAGUUCCACUCAUUGACACCUAUAAUACUGG